CAAAUCCUUUGUUUCUGGUUUGUGUUUAUCUUUUUAGUUUUCUAUAUUGUGUUUGGUGGUUGAGCCAAUGCCUCCUCCGUUUGAUUCUAUCUCUAAGAUCCACCCUCCAAGGGAGGCAUGGAAACUCAAAGUUAGGGUACUAAGAACUUGGAUUGUUUCUUCUUUUGGAAAUCAUGAAGUUGCAAAUUCAAUGGAAAUUGUUCUUGUUGAUGGAGAUUCUAACAAAAUACAAGCAACUGUUAAGAAGCAGCUCAUAAAUAGGUUUAAAGAGAGUAUUAUUGAGGGUCAAACAUACCGAAUGUCAUAUUUUAGUGUUGUUCCAAACCAAGGCAAUUAUAGGGCAGCAGAACAUGAGUUUAAGUUGGUUUUUCUUAACCGUACAACUGUUAUUCCUGUCCCUGACGAUGAUAUCCCAAAGACAUGUUUCAGUUUCUGUCCCUUUGAUGAGCUCUUGAAAAUGACUGAAGAUUAUGUUUACUUAGUUGAUGUUAUUGGUUUGCUGACUUCUGUUGGUGAAGAGAAAGAGUACGUGAAAGAUGCGAAAGUGAUGAAGAUGAUUGUUCUUGAGUUAUCUUCAAAAGAGUUGACAAUACGCUGUGCUCUGUUUGGGGAGUAUGUGGAUGAAGUGCAUCGUUUCUUAGGUUCUGGCUAUAUGGAGCAGCCAGUUGUUGUGAUCCAACUUGCCAAAGUUAAAUUCUUUAGGGGACAAGUUGGUCUCCAAAAUGUUAUGCAUGCUAUUCGGCUGUUCUUUAAUCCAGAUUUGUCUGAAGUCGUAGAUUUUCAAAAACAGUAUGAUUGACCAAGGUAUCAAUGGAACACAGCUAUUGUUUAUUGCUAAUGAGGGCA